AAGGCGGGGCGGGAGGCACGCGGGAAGGGACGGACCUCGAGCCGGAAGUGCGGCCGCCGCGGCCGGACGCGCGGCCCCGCCCAUUUCCGGCGGAGGGAGCGGCCAUGGCGCACAUCACCAUCAACCAGUACCUGCAGCAGGUCUACGAAGCCAUCGACAGCAGGGACGGGGCGUCCUGUGCAGAGCUGGUGUCCUUCAGGCACCCUCACGUCGCCAACCCACGGCUUCAGAUGGCCUCUCCAGAAGAGAAGUGUCAGCAGGUUUUGGAACCCCCUUAUGACGAAAUGUUUGCUGCUCAUUUAAGAUGCACCUACGCAGUGGGGAACCACGAUUUCAUCGAGGCGUAUAAAUGCCAGACUGUCAUCGUGCAGUCGUUCCUGCGCGCGUUUCAAGCCCACAAAGAAGAAAACUGGGCCCUGCCUGUCAUGUAUGCUGUCGCGCUUGACCUCCGGGUGUUUGCCAACAACGCGGACCAGCAGCUGGUGAAGAAGGGGAAGAGCAAGGUCGGGGACAUGCUGGAGAAGGCGGCCGAGCUGCUCAUGAGCUGCUUCCGCGUCUGCGCCAGCGACACGCGGGCCGGCAUCGAGGACUCCAAGAAGUGGGGCAUGCUGUUCCUGGUGAACCAGCUGUUCAAGAUCUACUUCAAGAUCAACAAGCUGCACCUGUGCCGGCCGCUCAUCCGCGCCAUCGACAGCUCAAACCUCAAGGACGACUACAGCACGGCGCAGAGGGUGACGUUCAGGUACUACGUCGGGCGCAAGGCCAUGUUCGACAGUGACUUCAAGCAAGCCGAGGAGUACCUCUCCUUCGCCUUCGAGCACUGCCACCGUGCGAGUCAGAAGAACAAGAGGAUGAUUCUGAUAUAUUUGCUUCCGGUCAAAAUGCUGCUGGGUCACAUGCCGACCAUCGAGCUGUUGAGGAAGUACCGUCUCAUGCAGUUCGCCGAAGUGACCAAAGCCGUCAGCGAAGGCAACCUCCUGCUGCUGAACGAGGCGCUGACGAAGCACGAGACCUUCUUCAUCCGCUGCGGCAUCUUCCUCAUCCUUGAGAAGCUGAAGAUCAUCACCUACAGGAAUCUUUUCAAGAAAGUGUACCUGCUGCUCAGAACACACCAGUUGUCUUUGGACGCCUUCCUGGUCGCCUUGAAGUUCAUGCAGGUGGAGGACGUGGACAUCGACGAGGUCCAGUGCAUCCUGGCCAACCUGAUCUACAUGGGCCACAUCAAAGGCUACAUAUCACACCAGCACCAGAAGCUGGUCGUUAGCAAGCAGAACCCGUUCCCUCCGCUGUCCACAGUGUGUUGACGGGGCAUGUGGCCCGAGGACAGGCAAGCCGGGUCUCGUCUGGCUGUAUCCUUGUGUGUGGACUCCGUCCCGGGCCACCACGGUGUUGUCUGCGGCCGUGCUCUCCGGGGCUCGCUGGCUGCACACGAUGCCUUGAAACCUCCGUGAGGGCCUGCGGACAGCCCGAGCUGCCUCUGGAGAAAACGAGGGUGCGGCCGUUCCCUCUGGAGCGGGGGAUGCGUCUGUGAGGGGCUCUCGGGCUCACCAGUUGUAAAGGUGUCUUUGUCAGCCUUUGUUGUAACUUUUUCUAUAAAACGUCACCAUGAGUUUAUAAAGUUGGCAUAUUCUUUAUUUUGUCUUAACAUACAGCAUUUUUAUAUGUUAAAUCAGAAUGUUUUACAGAAUUAAAGUGUUUCACUUGA